AUGCAAGAUCCAGACCAUGUACGACUGCUCACGCUCGAAGCCGACGCCAUAUUCGGCCUCGAGCCGCCGUCGUCCUCGCCGCAGCCGCCGUCGCACCGCAUCAUGCGCGACCCCGCGCUGCACGCCCUCCUGAUCUGGUCCUCGCGCGGCGUCGUCACGGCUCUCAGCCGCGCGCUCACCACACAGCUCGCCGUCGAUCCCGACAGCGUCGUCUCGCAGGCCGCGGCGUCGAUUGCGGCGCUCGCGCGCUUUCGGCUGCAGGCAAGCAGCACGCUCGCCAUGGCGCCGGCGUAUCUAGUGCACCUGCAGGAUGCGCUCGGGCUGCCGAGCCAUGCGAUCGCGGGCGGACCGACGUGGAUCGUGCCAGAUACCUUGCGGACAGCGCCAUACUCGAUAGAAGGCCUGCCGGCGGGUGUGCGCAUCGUCACGUCGCUGGGAGAAGAAGAUCGGGAGUGGGCGAAGGGGCUGUCGCGGCCAGGGAACUGGGAGGCGGAGGAGUGGGCGCAACUGCUCGCCGCCACGGAGACGAAUGCGCCGUGGGCCAUGGCGGUGUUGGCGGAUGACGGCGAGGUGGUUUGCAUAUGCCACACGCCGGCGCGCAAUGCGCAGGUCGUGGAGGCGGGUGUGUGGACGCGCGACGACUGGAGAGGGCGAGGUUUGGCGCCGCGGACGGUCGCGGCGUGGGCGACGACGCAUGCGCCCGACACGACGCUGUUCUACAGCACGGCAAAGGACAAUGCGGCGUCGCAGGCGGUGGCGCGCAAGCUCGGGUUGCGCGAGUUUGGGUAUAUUUGGAAGCUGCUGGCUGUGGCGGGUCGUUGA